CUUUGGAGUCGGCGGUCAUGAGGGAUGAUCAUAACAGCAAGGAUAUUAAUCACAGGCACCACCCGAAGGCGGAUCCAAGAUGCACAUAUUUUAGAGAUCAGGAUGCGUCAUCGUGCUACGUCGUGACUACGGGCUCGUAUUAUCCACUUAAUUCAAAGUAGGAAUCUCCAAACUUUCCCUCUGUCUACUAGGUACCUACCUACCUACCUACCUAGUAUAUAGGUCAUCAGUCCGUCUCCGUCUCCGCAAAAUAUAAAGUCCCGAGAGACCUUUCAUAAACAUACCCCACACGAAAGGGGAUAUCGUCAGGGAUAAUGCGUAUGUUAUCUAGAGUUACGAACGCGUUCUGUGUAUUUGACCUUUUCGCCGGGGCUACGGCCCUCGUAGGGUGGCCUGGAGGCGGGACGUUGGUCACCGGUAACGCCGUGCAGUUCGACAGGCCGACCUGGGAACGGAAUCUCGCUUCGCCAAACGCAACCGGGUCCUACUCGGUCACUGGGUUCGACAUAUCGCAAAAGUGGCCAAGCCAGAAAGUUGACGGAUGGACUCUGUCGGUGAAUGUUAGCAGCGACUUGCCAGACUCCCAAACCAUCGAUUCCAGCAACGCCACCGGGAAGACAUUUACCGGGACCAGUAUAUUUCUUAAGGGACCCGAGAGCAUCCAAUCUGCUUUCGCGAACCAAUCCGCAGUCGACGAGACCACGUGGAAGAUAUGUGUGGCCGUGAUACCCAACGGACCGCAAGAGGAUGCGUCGACGACAGACAAUGGCACUUGUGGCUAUCUCUCGUCUCAGUGUAUUACCGAUCUGCAGAAGGCUUAUGCCGACAAGUUUCCCGGAAAUACGGACUGCUACGGGACCCCGCCGUCGACGCCAUCGAGCUGCGGCGGUUCCGUCAAUACAGCUAAUUUCGAAGUCCAACAAUUCCCGCUUACCUCCGCGAAUGGAACGGAAAUAUACGUUACGGCCUCAUCAAGCCACGACGCAGGAGACAAGACGGCAUGGAGCAAUGCUACGCGACAAGCCUGGCCAGUCCUGACGCUAUGGGGCUGGAACACGCGCGCGAAAGCUCCCGACGGAUCCUCGCCUACGGUCCAGCUAUCGUGCGUCCGAGCCAAGACAGUCGAGCAAGGAAGCGAAUCUCCGUCGUCGGGAUCGACGGUUCGCGGGUCGGCGGCCGUCGCCCUCGGCCUCGCUGCUUCGACCGCUUUUUACUCUUGGCUCUGACCCCGACUUGGUAUAGUUAGUGGCCUAGGCGGAGUUAAUAUUCGGCUCAGGGGGCUGUCCCGAGAAUGCUUACCCGGAUACGAGAUGUGGAUACGAGCUGAACUCAAGGCUUCGGUUGAUUUUGAGUAUAGGGCUGAGAUAUUACAGUCGAUGAUAGAACCUCGAUGGGGUUAAGGUGAUAAAGUCCGGGCGAUAUCCAUUGGUAAUUCUGGUUUCACAGCGUUGAAUAAUUACUACCUACCUUCUAGGUAGGUAGGAUUAAUACACGUUAGUCAUAAGUAUUAGUAAACCAAUCGCUAGCAAUGGUACACUGCUUACCAAAAAUUACAUAGCCUGAUAUCACGUACCUAGUAGAUACUGGGUAGGUAGGCAGGAUGUAUGUAGGCAGGCAAAUGUAGAUAGUACCUAGGUAUAAUAUAAUACCUAGGUAGUCAGAUUCUAUCUCCUCCAUAUAUCGAACUUGAGGCCUAAAUAAUCGACC